AUGACGGAACGACGGCACGGCCGCAGUCCCCGCCGGGGGUCCCGCCGCGGCGAGCGUGCGCGCCGUGCAUCGCGACGCGACGAGGCCGACGAAAUCAGCGCAGCGUACCGCUCGCCUGGAGUCGAGCGCAAGGUCACCGAGGUCAUGGCCACGAUGAACGUGUCAGGCGCCGAAGACAGCGUCGUCCGGCUGGAGUAUGUCGGCUACAACAUCCUGAUCCCAACCAUCUCAGCGUGCGGCGUGCUGGGAAACACGCUCAAUCUGCUAGUGCUUACGCGCGGUCAGAUGAAGGCCUCCAUCUAUAUAUACUUCACAACCCUGGCCAUCGCGGAUCUGGUCACGUGUCUUCUGAUAUUCUUCAGCGGCAUUGCCAAGGGCGCUGCCGCUGCCAGCUACUGGUGGCAGAUUUUCGAAGUGUACUUGUACCUGGGCGUCGGCUCGAUCUCGACCACCGUCUCCAUAGCGACCAUCGUCAUGGUUACCGUUGAGAGGCUGAUACUGAUCAGAAACGGACAGAGGGCCAAGACGUACUGCACUCGUGAGACGGCUUGGCGGGUGUGCUGGAUCAUCCUGCCCAUCAGCAUCGUCUUCAACAUCCCCUACUUCCUUGCCUUCACCGUCGACGACCGUAUCCGGGAGACGGAUUUCUACAACGGACAGUACUACCAGGUUCACAACUGGGUGCGGUUCGUCGUGUUCGGGCUCGGCACGGCCCUGUUCCUGGCCGUGGGGAACCUGCUUCUCAUCCUGUCGCUGCGAGAGAGUUACCGCCGUCGACAGGCGCUGCUGUCGCAGCGCAAACACAGAGAGGAGAAGAGGCUCAGGGAGCAGUUCCGGCUGACGGUGACACUGAUCGGCAUCAUCCUGCUGUUCCUGGCCGGGGAGUUCCCAACCCACCUGGCCAGCCGGCAGUCGGCCGCCACCCUCAUCUACGGCGGCGACACGUCUCAGCUGAAGUCGAGCGGCUACCGCACCUUCAAGCUGGUCGUGUCCGUGCUCAUGGCCGUCCACUACUCCUGCAACUUCGUCCUCUACUGUGCACUCAACUCCAAGUUCUUGAGCAUCGUAUCGCGGGUGCUGCUCUGUCUGCGCUCCGAGGGCGACGCCGAGACGAGUGACCUGCGCGUCACGGCCUCUGACGUGCCCCGCGGGCAUAACCCCGCCUCCCGCGGGCCUAGCCCCGCCUUCCGCGGGCUUGACCACGCCUCCUGCGGGCACAACGCGGCCUCUCGCGGGGCUGAACCGGCCUCCCGCGGGCCUAGCCCGGCCUCCAGCGGGCCUGACCCCGCCUCCGGCGGGCAUAACGCGGCCUCUCGCGGGGCUGACCCGGCCUCCUGCGACCGGCCCAACCCGCAGCCGGCCGGCGCCGCCAACGGUCGGGUGGUCUGA